AGACGCACGGAUGCUGAGCACUUGUGCUGCCUGACUUGCUGCAGGGACGGGCAGCAUUACUCUUCGCUUCAGGGCAUGUGCGUACCAGCUGCUUUAAUCGAAGCUGAACCGCCCCACCACCCCACCACGGAGGGGGACACCAACACCUCGGCCACUCACUGCCUGGAGCACUGGGUCGAGCCCCGGUUCACAAAAGCAGCAAAGGUGCGUGUGGCCAUCACAGCCGUCUUCUUCUUGCUGGCAGCGUGCAGCAAUACAGCAGUGCUGGGCAGCCUGCUGAGGAAGAGGAGGAAGUGCCACGUGCGGCCACUGAUCCUCAGCCUGGCGCUGGCUGACCUGCUGGUGACAGUGGCAGUGAUGCCCUUGGAUGCGGCGUGGAAUGUGACGGUGCAGUGGUAUGGUGGAGACCUUUCCUGCAAGCUCCUCAACUUCCUCAAGCUCUUUGCCAUGUAUGCAGCAGCCCUGGUGCUGGUGGUUAUCAGCCUGGACCGGCAUGCUGCCGUCCUCCAGCCCUUCGCCCGUGCCCGACGCCGCAAUGGGCUGCUGCUGCGUGCUGCAUGGCUGGGCAGUGUGCUGCUAGCAUCACCCCAGCUAUUUCUCUUCCACGUGCACACGGUCCCAGGAGGGAACUUCACACAGUGCGUUACUCACGGCAGCUUCCGAGCACACUGGGAAGAAACCGUCUACAACAUGUUCACCUUCACCACCCUCUAUAUCACCCCCCUGAGCAUCAUGAUUGUUUGCUACGUCCGAAUCAUUUGGGAGAUCAGUAAGCAGCUAAAGAUCAACAAAAGUCUGGUAAGAAGUCAAAAUGACCACAUCUCCAAGGCACGCAUGAAGACUCUCAAGAUGACCAUUGUGAUUGUUGCCAGCUUCAUCAUCUGCUGGACCCCGUACUACCUCCUAGGCUUGUGGUACUGGUUCCAUCCAGCCAUGAUCCAGAGGAUGCCCGAGUACAUCAACCACAGCUUCUUUCUCUUUGGUUUGCUGCACACAUGCACCGACCCCAUCAUUUAUGGACUGUACACCCCCUCGUUUCGGGAGGACGUGCAACUGUGUCUCAGGGGCAUUGAAGCAGCCAUUAGCCGGCAUGUGAGACACAAACCCAUCUCAGUCUCAGAGAAGACCACCAAGGAUGGGGAUGUCAAUGGCCAGGUGACAUCAGGUGGCUCCAAUGGGACAACCGUUAACACGGUGUGCUGAAGAGAUGUACCCAAAAGGAGACUAGAAGUGCAGCAUCAGGGACUGCUUUGUCUGAGAGGAUGAUUUUGGAGACAAGUUCACUGACUGACUGUGGUGAGGGUGGGCGUAUAGCCAGAAACCAUGAACAUUACUCCUGCCUGUACUCAGAGUGAAUCCUCAGGUUGGAGCUACUCUCCCACCCAGCACAAGGAAGAUGCUAGAGGGGCUGAGCUUCAUUCAUUAGAGCCUGACAAGCCUGAGGUCUUGUCCACUCUUCACCUCACUAUGGCAUCCAAAGCAGUUUUGGGGUCAUUGCACGACUCCCUUCUACCCUUCUCCUCUCAAGCUGCCUCCAUAGGGAGGGAUGAGAUGCUGUGGGGAUGGAGAGGAACAAGAAUGAUAGAGCUGUAGUGGGCUGAGAUAGGGUUGGAAGGGACACAGUAGUGUCUCUUCUCAUGCAGGGGUGGUAUGGAUAUGUCCUUACGUAGCAACAAUCUGGGACACAGAGGUAACCAGGAGUGAGUAUUUGGGUAACCAAAGGGGGAGAACAAGACCUGCUGCUGCCUAGUCUCUCCCAACUGGCAAGACUCGCACCAGGCUGCAACUGUCAUCUUGCACAUGGUAACAGAACAAAACCCACCUUUUCUCCUCCCUGCUUUCCCCGUUAUCACUUGUUCAUGUUUGCUUUGUCCUAACACCCACACCUUGCUUCUGCCCCAAUCAGAGUGCAUGCAGCCAGGUGCAGCUGAUGACCCUGUGCUCCUAACGAGGACUGUGAUGGGAAACACCUGUGGGUGGAAGGCUCAUCAGCUGCUGUGGGUGCCAGCUGGGUGCUGAUAGCCUUUAAAUACACAGCACAGAGAAGAGAAGCUGCUAGAAAGGUCAGGGUGGAGGAAGGAAGGAGUUGGCUGAGCUCUGGUGAGUAAAAUGGUUGUUUAUUUUAUUUUAUUUUAUUUUUUGCCUUUUUACCAACUUACCAGAAGUUUGUGGAGUUGGAGGUCUUUGUCUUUAGGCCUGUGUUGAAGAUGUGAGUUUAUUCAGCUGUGUUGUUAUCUUCUAUGCACUUAGGGAUGAUUGAUUACUUCUUUGUGAUAUGCUCAUUGUUGUUAAAUGGUUUUUUUUUGCUUGUUUGUUUUGUUUUUGAAGGCAGCUUAUUUGGAGUUGAGUGGAAUUCUUUGGGGUUGCUUGUUGGCUGUUUUUUGUUGCGUGAAAUCCUUGGGCCAUUGAGGUGUUCUGGAUUUGUCAGGAGGCAGUUCCCUGAGUGUUUUUGUGACUACUGUAGCUUUGAAUGGGCACCUGGGCUUUAUCACCAUGAACAUACUAAUAAGACUCUUGACUUGUUGUGGCUGUGAAUGUGUGUGGGGGAAUCAGAGAUCCCCCAGGAAAGCAAAUAUCCUUUGGGAAGCCUGGAGUGAUGAAUCCAUGUUGGUCAGAAAGGACCUGGACUGGUCCCCCAGUGCCCAGCUCACAAAAACCUGGCAGGGUUUAAGCUAAAGGAGUGGUGUGGUGUUUGCUGAGCAGCUGCGGUGCCUAGGGUGAUACCAGGCUGGGGACAGGUGUUGAGUAUUUGCCUUUCCCUAUGCUAAGCAUUGUCUCUGUUAACUGCCCAAGGCAGGGAGGGGGGAAAAAAAAUCAAUCGAAGCUACAGGAGCCCAGUCUGGCUAACUGGGAUUAAUUUGAGCCCUUCAGAAAGCAUCCAAGCUCUAACGAGAUGUGUAAUUGCCAUUUGGUUUUCCUGGGCUCACUCCACUCAAGGUUAAUUAUGCAAUGCUAACGGAGCAGGGCUUGCUGGUGCCAGACUGCCUUGGUUUGGCUGGUGCCAGUAGGAGUUUCUUCAAAGGCAUUGGGAAUGGGUUCUAGUGGGGAAGGUAACUUGCUAAUCAGACCCUCCUUUAGCAACCCUGUCUGCAGCAGGGGCUUGGAACUAGAUGAACUCUAAGGUCCAUGCCAACUUAUGCCAUUCUAUGAUUCUUAUUGGUCCUGCUGUAUGGCUGAAGAUCCCUAUGGGGAGAGAAGUGUGUUGGUUGUUUGGUGAGCCUUGAAUUGGUGGUGAAGUGCCUUUAAUCUCUUAAAGACAUUCUUCCAUGAAUUUCUGUUAAGUGGGAGCAAAUGUGUCCAGACUUAUUCAUAUCUAAGGCUGCUUGUUCACUCCUGUAUGGUGUUAGGAGAGCUUGAAGGCCUCUAAGAAGUUUUUUCCCUUUUGGGAGGGACUUGUCACCUUUAUGACCUAUAGGUACGGUGGGAGAGCAGAAAGUGUUUGGGCUUUGAGAUAUUUGUAAGGAAUUAUUUCCUAUGAGGGUGGUGAGGCAUUGAGAGAGGAUGCACAGAGAAGCUGUGGCAGCCCCAUCCCUGGAGGUGCUUAAGGCCAGGUUGGGUGAGGCUUUGAGCAGCUGGUGAAAAGUGUCCCUGCUCAUACUGGGGGGUUUAAACUAGAUAAUCUGAAAGCUCCAUUUCAACCCAAACCACUUGGUGAUUCUAUGAACCAUAGCACAAUAGGAAAAUUCUCCUUGGGAUGCUGGGGAGGACACAUACCUCAGUCCUUGGGGCAUGGUCCCCAGGAUGCAUGUGGGCACUUUGUGCAUGCUGUGUGUUAUUCCCUAUUGCCUCCUUUCUCUGGUGCUCAAGGCUGACAUUUUGGCAAGCCCAGAGGGUGGGCAGCAUGCCCAAAGUGACAGCUUUCAUGAUAGAAAGGGAAAUGUCACUGGGGGAGUGUGCUGCCAAGCAGUGUCCUGCUCCUCCUUGCCCCACGUGCUUCUGCUUUCUGCCCUGGUUCCCUGCCUGCCUGCAUGGCCUCUGCUGUGGCACUGAGGGACAUGGCCCAGUGGGCAUGGUGGGGGUGGGUUGAUGGUUGCACUUGAUGACCUUUGGAGGUCUUUUCCACCCUUAACGUUUCUAUGAUUCUAACCCACUGCUUCAGACACAGAAUUUCUUUGUUCAGGAGGAAGCUCUCAUUCGUUUUCCAUUAGCAUUUUUAUAGCACUGUGUGUUCAAAGAGCCACACAAGUGGCUUAAGAGCUUACCGUGAACCUCAGGUUAAUUCACAAUAUUGUUGGUUACUCAGCACAACACUCACAUUAAUUCAGCUGACUGCAUCUCACCACGUUGGGAAGCACAUGCUGAAAUCAGCAGGGAGCUCAGAAAACAAGCACGAGAGUCGGGUAUUAAGUAUUUUGCUGGCCCACUAAGGUAGAAUGCAUUUAUUUUCCCAUUGCCUUUGAGAUCAGCAGUCCCAAAUGGGACUCUAGAGUUCUGGAGAGUCACCAGGACACCAGCGCAUGGUUCCCUGCCUGCAGCUCCUCUCUCCUGUGGGUCUGGGUCAAACCUGAGAGUGGAAAAAUCCACUUCUGGUUUAAAGCCAAACAAAAGCCCAGCCAGACAUUGGGAGAUAGUGCUGAGUGGCCACUAUGCAUUAAUUCCUUCUGCUUAUCCUUCACAAAAUUCCCUAUGCAAAGGAGCCUUCAAACAGUGCUGUGUUUCUUCCCAUCUGUUCCUUCUGCCUGGCUGGUGGGCUCCCAGGUCUGUGCCUUUCCCUGCAGCAAAGCAACCAUCCAUCAAACAACUGCUGCUUCACCACCUCCUUCUCCAAAGGGCCCGAGAUAUCCCAUCUGUUCCCAAAGAUGUUUCAUUUGCAGGCACACACCGAGGCUCUUACCAACACAAUACCCUCCAGAAAGUACCAAAUAGCUUUAGGAUUUCUGCCUGGCAUCCUACCUACCUUAAACCCAUGGCACAAUAAAGAUCACGUGUUGAGAUAGACCAGAAGCAGGCAAAAAAAUCUCAGAAACACAGUGCACGCUUGUUUCAAUCCACGUUCCUGGAUUGAAAUAUCCAGCUACUGUAGUUGAAUCUGUUGUGCAAUAAAUUGUUGGUUAAUGUAUACUUUAAUUGCAGAUCAGUGCUAUAAUUAGCACGUAUGUUUUGUGGGCUGUGGCAAUGCAGUGUGCUGAACCAGUGGGCAUUAUUAAUGGACUGUAAAAGGCAAUGGGGAAUUGGACUAUAAUGUUCUUGUUUUGCAAGCUGUAUGGUGAAUAAAUAAAUUGGUCCUGGCAGCAAAA